AUGACUGAUAGAGCAGGUCAAAAAGAAGAUGUGAUGAACAUAACCACCAAGGCAUUCCUUCCCAAGAUGUUGGAGCUGAACCACGGCCACAUUGUGACGGUUGCCAGCUCUAUGGGGCUAUUCAGCACAGCUGGUGUGGAGGAUUACUGCGCCAGUAAGUUCGGGGCCAUCGGCUUCCACGAGUCGCUGAGCCACGAGAUCAAGGCUUCGGAUAAGGACGGCAUUAAGAUGACGCUGGUGUGUCCCUACCUGGUGGACACGGGCAUGUUCAAAGGCUGCAGGAUAAGGUGA